AUGUUAAAAGUACUAAUUCCUACCAUUAUAUUAUUCCCAACAAUCUGAUUAACUUCCCCCAAAUGACUAUGAACAACCACAACCACACAUAGCCUCCUAAUUGCCCUUAUUAGCCUCACAUGAUUAAAAUGAACAUCAGAAACCGGAUGGACUAUAUCCAAUUCAUAUUUAGCCACAGAUCCACUAUCAACCCCUCUCUUAGUUCUGACAUGCUGACUUCUCCCACUAAUAAUUCUAGCUAGCCAAAACCACAUUAACCCUGAGCCAAUUAGCCGACAACGCUUAUAUAUUACACUUCUUGCCUCACUACAAAUAUUCCUAAUUAUAGCAUUCGGUGCCACCGAAAUCAUUAUAUUCUAUAUCAUAUUUGAAGCCACGCUCAUCCCCACCCUUAUCAUCAUCACUCGAUGAGGAAAUCAAGCCGAGCGCCUUAAUGCAGGGACCUAUUUUCUAUUCUACACCUUAGCAGGGUCUCUACCACUACUAGUGGCUCUACUCCUACUCCAACAAUCUACAGGAACCUUAUCCAUGUUAGUAAUUCAAUACUCACAACCACUACUCCUAGACUCUUGAGGCCAUAAAAUCUGAUGAGCCGGCUGCUUAAUCGCAUUCCUAGUAAAAAUACCGCUAUAUGGAGUACAUCUCUGACUACCAAAAGCACACGUUGAAGCCCCAGUCGCAGGAUCCAUAGUACUAGCAGCAGUACUAUUAAAACUAGGAGGAUACGGAAUAAUACGAAUAAUAAUUAUGCUGGACCCACUGUCCAAAGAACUAGUAUAUCCAUUUAUUAUUCUCGCACUAUGAGGCAUUAUCAUAACAGGAUCAAUUUGCCUUCGACAAACAGAUCUCAAAUCCUUAAUUGCUUACUCAUCUGUAAGUCACAUAGGACUUGUAGCAGGGGGAAUCCUAAUUCAAACCCCAUGAGGAUUUUCAGGAGCUAUUAUUUUAAUAAUUGCCCACGGACUAGUAUCUUCAAUAUUAUUCUGUUUAGCCAACACAGCCUAUGAACGAACCCACAGUCGAACCAUAAUUCUAGCUCGGGGCUUACAAAUAAUCUUCCCACUAACAGCAGUCUGAUGAUUCAUUGCUAAUCUGGCCAACCUAGCACUACCUCCACUGCCUAACCUAAUAGGAGAACUCAUAAUCAUCACGACAUUAUUUAACUGAUCACCAUGAACCAUCGCACUUACAGGGGCAGGAACACUAAUUACAGCGGGCUACUCCCUGUACAUAUUCCUAAUAACUCAACGAGGUCCAACACCAAUUCACAUCACCAAACUUCCACCAUUCCACACCCGAGAACACUUAUUAAUAGCCCUUCACCUGAUUCCAGUAAUUCUCCUCGUGGCAAAGCCAGAACUCAUGUGAGGCUGAUGUUACUA